CAACAAAGAAGCAGAACAAGAAACAUGCAGGCUGACUGAAAACCCUCUGUUCAACUCAGGAAGCAGCACCACUUGCUCCAAAGUUCUCAAAACUUGUUUCCACUUGGUGAAAUCUGUAUUGAGGAGCAUGUAAUGGGACAACUAACAAACAGUCUAAGAAAAGAAAAACAUGGAGCUAAAUACUGAAGGUGUGAAGAUUUGCAGCUAGACUUCUCAGCUGAUGUACUUCUCUAAUGUCUAAAGUGCAGAUAGCACAUGGUGUCUGAUGAAGUCCAGAUGCUCCUGGAUCUAUCUGCAUGGCAGAUGUACUUUCAGCAUUUUUGCCAUGAGUGGUUUCUGAAUACUUCAGAACUGACAAAUGAGCACUAUAGCCCAAUCUGGAAAGAGCAGCUCUCUAAAUGGCUGCUCUUGGUUCUUGAAUGUAAAAUAUAGCAAGACCUCUUACAAUUAAGGAGAAAGCUGUGCUCCUGAGGAACUGUGCUACUGUGUGCUGAUAAGAAAUCUGCUGUGGAACUACUGCACCUACUUUGUGCCUUUGGAACACAUACAUGAAGUAAGCACUGAGACAAUGGAAAGACCACUUGAGGCUACCAGAAUGGAAAACAGCACCUCUUCCUGCUUUCUCAUGGAAAGAAAGACUCAUGUCAAGAUUAAUAGGAAAGAAGUCAUGCUAGCUAAGCUGAGGAAGAGCUGUUCCUGCACCCCAAAGAAGCUAAAGAACUUUGUCAUGGACUUUCUUCCUGUUUUACGAUGGCUUCCCAAGUACCAGUGCAAAGAGUAUAUUUGGGGGGACAUUAUGUCUGGGUUAGUGAUUGGGAUCAUUUUGGUGCCCCAAGCAAUUGCAUACUCACUGCUGGCAGGUCUGAAGCCCAUUUAUAGUCUUUACACAUCAUUCUUUGCCAACAUCAUCUAUUUCUUAAUGGGUACAUCCCGUCAUGUCUCAGUUGGCAUUUUCAGCUUGAUAAGCUUAAUGGUAGGACAAGUUGUGGACCGAGAACUUCUCUUGGCUGGGUUUGACUUGAAUGAUGAUGCCCCACCAGCCUUGGGUGAUGGCUCUCUGCAGAAUGACAGUCAGUCCAACACAACUGCCUUCAACCUUACAAUCGCAGGGAUGAAUGCUGAGUGUGGAAAAGAAUGCUAUGCUAUUGGCAUUGCUACAGCCUUGACAUUUGUGGCUGGAGUGUAUCAGGUUCUAAUGGGAAUCUUUCGUCUGGGUUUCGUAUCUAUGUACCUAUCUGAGUCUGUACUAGAUGGCUUUGCAACUGGUGCUUCCUUAACCAUUUUAACAGCUCAAGUGAAGUAUCUGAUUGGAAUAAAAAUCCCACGUAGCCAAGGGCAUGGGAUGCUUGUUAUUACCUGGACUAACAUUUUCCGGAACAUUUCUCAGGCUAACCUUUGUGAUGUCAUCACAAGUGCCAUUUGUAUCAUGGUGCUGGUCACUGCUAAGGAACUGGGAGAUCGGUAUAAGCAUAAGCUGAAAUUUCCUCUGCCCACAGAGCUGGUAGUUAUUGUUGUGGCAACACUGGUGUCACACUACGGGAAGUUAAACGAAGUGUAUGCAUCCAGUGUUUCUGGAGCUAUUCCAACAGGAUUUAUUCCCCCCAAGGUACCACAUUUCAACUUAAUGCUGCGAGUCGCUGUAGAUGCUUUGCCUCUUGCCAUAGUCAGCUUUGUCUUCACUGUAUCCCUUUCAGAAAUGUGUGCAAAGAAAUAUGCUUACACCAUCCGAGCCAAUCAGGAAAUGUUUGCUGUGGGGUUCUGCAACAUCAUUCCUUCAUUCUUCCACUCUUUUGCGACCAGUGCAGCUCUAGCAAAAACACUCGUCAAAACAUCUACAGGCUGCCAGACUCAAGUCUCUGGAGUAAUUAGUGCAAUGGUGGUUUUGCUGGUGCUGCUUUUCUUGGCACCUCUCUUCUACUCCUUGCAGAAGUGUGUCCUGGCUUGUAUCAUCAUUGUCAGCCUCCGAGGAGCCCUAAGGAAGUUCCGAGAUGUGCCAGCACGGUACCACGUGAAUAAGGUGGACACACUUGUUUGGGUUGUUACCAUGUCGGCCUCUGCCUUGAUCAGCACAGAAAUAGGGCUGUUAGUUGGCAUUGUUUUCUCCAUGUUAUGCAUCAUUGUUCGAACACAGCGGCCACGGACAGCCCUGCUUGGUCAGAUCCAAGACACCAGCUUUUAUGAGGAUGACUUAGAAUAUGAAAAUCUCUCUUCUGUUCCAAAGGUCAAAAUAUUCCGUUUUGAGGCCCCACUUUACUAUGCAAAUAGAAACUACUUCCUAAAGUCUCUGUACAGAUUGACUAACUUAGAUCCUAACCUAGAAGCUGCUAGAAGGAAGAAAUAUGAGAAGAAGGAAAAGCAGCAUCUGAAAAAGGGAGGUGACACAACUGCUAAUGGACUGGGCAUCGGAGACACCACUCUGCAACUAGUUCCUAAGCAAAUUGAUUUCCAAGCCCUUGUUGUAGAUUGCUCUUCCAUCUCAUUUUUGGACACCACUGGAGUUAAUACUCUAAAGGAAAUCCUGAAAGACUACAAGGACUUAAACAUCUCUGUUCUCCUGGCUUGCUGCAAUCCCUCAGUGAUAGACUCUCUGAAAAGAGGAGGUUACUUUGGGAAAGAUUUUGGAAGUAUGCAGGAAAUGCUGUUCUACAGUAUACAUAAUGCUGUGCGGUUUGCAAAAGACCAAAAGCUUCCAGCAGAUUGCUCAGUUUAAUCCCAUGUCUUCCUUGAUGACUCACUACAGAAGUGACAGACGGGGAAGGGCAGUUUGCAAUAAUUAAAUUAUCAGACACACUGUUGGCUGUGUACAACAAUGGGCCUACAAGCCAUUCUCCCGUGAAGAGCUCUACUGUUUGUCAGAUGCCACAUAGAACAGCCACUGGGGAUGCAGUCCAGGACCAGGAUGGAACAUGUUGGAUUAUGACCUGCACCUUCACUUUAAAAUGCAGGUGAUGUGCAACAGGGCAGUUUGGGAUUGACUUCCUCCUUGUGCCAUGAUCACCCAACAUACACGUCGUACGACUGUUGUGCUGGAAAGUCUGCCCAGUGCCAGCUGACUCUCCCAGUGCUUUAAUGGCUGGUUUGUGUUAAGAGGGUUAAGCCACCUCCAUGAAAAUGCAAUCAAUCUAGCACCUUGGACACAUAAUGGUUUAAAUUCUGGCUUGAAACGCCCUGCCCCUUCCAUCAUUCUAGGUGUGCUCCUAAACAACUCCCACUGCCUGCAUACAAAUAAAAUGUGUAAAAUAUUGUGGAAUGUAGCAUGUCUCUCCACCUUGAUUACACAGGCUUAGUGACACAACCUGCCACAGAGAAGAAACCAUGAUCCGUCACAGGUUCCUCUCAAAACUAUCAUUUCCAAAAAUUAUUGCUGGUGUCACCUGUGUUAUUGGUUUCCAUCUGUGGUAAUUAGUUACUGAAUGUUACCCUAAUGAUGCUGGAAGAAAUAUGACUCUGAUGCACAAUUUUAUAACUAGUAAGAGGAUAAACAGGAUUAAGAAAAAUGAAUGGCUUUAACUGGCAGUCAUACAGCCACCCAGGUAGUUGUACCAUCCUGUAAAAAUAAGUUGCCUCUGGUGGGCGGAUGCAACUCCAAUUCAGGGACACAUAAGGACCAUCAAACAUAAAACCUGUGAUGCAGCACAGCAUUUUCCUCCUACAACUGCCUGCCUGGGUGCAAAGAGAAUCAGGAGAAAAGAAGGUAGGGUGGGAAGGUAAAUCUGUGAUCUGCCUAGAAGGGGAGUGAUGGGUCAGUCAGAACUGCCUGGCUGCUCUUCUCUGACACAAUGCUAAUGAAGAUUUACAGUAGCAUACCUGGGCCAAGUAAAGGGAGUAACGCUUUGUAAGUUGUGUAACCCUAUAUGCUGGAAAAAUUCCACCACUGUUUGUACAUACUACAGACAUUUUGGUGUUGGUUUUUUUUUCCUCCUAUCAUAUUAUUCUUUGAUUUGAGGUCCACUAAACCAUGUUUUCCAGGGCUGGGUUACUUUCUAUAAUAAUUUGCAUUAAUUGCUGUUCAUUCUGCUUUGUGUCAAAUGAUAACCCCAGAGUCAGUUGUGUUGUUACAUAUGCAUAGUCUCCCUUUACAAAUAAGCACAGAUUUAGAUUUUGAUUGUAACACAGCUACUACUCAGUGUUCUGGCCCAUGGCACUGGCAGAACAUCCUCUCUCAUACUCAAGCUUAUAAUUACCUGCAUGAAAGGUAGGACAGCUGCCCUGUCUUUCUCUCCUUAUUCAUGGCUGGUUCACACACAGCACCAAGCAUGGAAGGAAAUUCUAUCACAGCUGUGCCUCUUACAAUUAGCAGACUCUAGAAACAGGUUCCAUGUACGCAGAAGCCAUUUCUCCACUGUGCCAUUUAAAAAAAAAAAGUCAGGUCAACACAUCAUGUGACUUGCUUAUUUCAACUUUUCAGGUCACUGAAUGAAAGAACACUCAAACUGAGGUUCUCCAGGUGCCCCAGAGCCUGUCUGGCUCUCAAGAGCAACUAUUUUGUUAAAGAAAAAGCAGUGCAUUCCCAAAAGGCAAAAUAAAAAAAUGUCUUCACAGGGACUGAGAAUAGCACAAUUAGGUAAGUGAUUCAAUGCUAACAUUUUCAUGCACUCAUUAUAAAAAAGCGUAUCAGCUGCACACUGUUAGUACUGCCCAAGCAGUAAAACCUGACAGAAAUGUCUGUCAGGAGAUUAAAGGAUUGACCAUUGGCAGAAUUUUCCUGCCAUAAAACAAUUUAAUUACCUUAUUCUUUAAAUUGCUGACUUGGUAUGACUUGCUUCUUUCUGUCAUAAAAGCAAACGGGCAGAGACCAAGGACAAAGUAUUGCUUUGUGUCUGCUUUUCUUUGUAACCAUUUUUUGAUGAGGGAGUACCUCUUUUAAGGUCCUUCCAGGGCCUAGCAUGAGGAAGUGGGUUUACAUGAGUUACUGCCAGACAAUAUCAAUAUAGAUAGUCUUAGGCUGUUGCGCCAAAGCAAGCUGUCAUUGGAAGUCAAAUAAAAUUGUUUCAGUACAGAAGAACACACACCCCAGCAAUCUAGACUUCUUUUAACUUUAUGGGUCAAGCUACCAGCUGAGAACAUAAAGGAAAAAAUGCAAAAAAAUAGCCUUAAUUCUAGAUCAAUCUCAUUUUAAAAGGAAAAAAAAAAAAAAAGAAAAAAAGAAAGAGAGAUUCCAAUGGAAGGUGUGUCCUUGCAACAGUCUCUGGAGAAAAAUUAAGAGAGGCUGCCCUUCUCUUAUCCAGCAGGCUGAGAAAUUAGUCAAAAGUCUCUUUUUCACCAUAUUUAUUGUAAGAAUGGCACUGAAGGAUACCUAAGCAAAGAAACUUGGCUCUGCAUAAGAGGCAGGGUAAGCUUUAAGACUUUUACUAGGAAGAAACUAUUGACCAGAAGAAACCAUGAGAACAAUUUUCUGUUUCAGUUUCAUUGGCAGAGCUGGCUCAUGAUCAAGGUGUUGAGCAGGACAAUGUCAAACACAGCAAGCGAACAGCUUUCAGUGCUAUGAUGUAGGGGUGCUGGGAGACUGUAAAUUAUUGCUAAGGAGUAUGUAAAAGUAACUAAAAAACCAAGCCUUUUUCUGGCACAUUUAUGUUUUCUAUACUGCGUUACACCAAGAUUAAGGGUAUGAAGACUGAAAAUGUUAAAGACUGCUGAUUCUCUUCUGUCCUGUUCUACCAUGAAUUGGGUACUGUGACUUGGAGAGAAGCUGGGGAUGGGCUUCUAAUUCCAGCUAGGUUAAUAUCAAUGUUGAAAUAAAAUCAUUAUAUGCCUUUUAGGAAAUGUUAUAUCUAUCAUGUAGAUUGACUAUAUUUUUUUUCACUGUGGUGCCUUGUAUAAAUCAUGUAUCCAACAAACUUUAGUGCUGCUACACAAGAAGAGGAAAGGGUUCUUAACUUGUGGACUGUGUGGGUCCCAUGGCACUGGGCAAAGAGUUGGGAGUCUUCACCUCAAACUCUCCUGUUGACUAGUGCAGCAUGGCCAGAAUGUGUGGUCUAGGUGUCAAAAUGGCUGUAUUUAUUGGCACUGGUAACUAAGAACCAGUGGACUGUCCAGUCCAUGAAAGACAUGUUAGAUUCCCUCAUAACCAUGCAUAUUCCUGUCACAUGACAUAGAGACAAAUAUGUGCUUCUGGUUGGAAAAUAAAACUAGCAGUUCUUUGAAAA